GAAACAGGACGCUGUGUAAGUGUGUUGUUGAAUGUGUGGAACAGUCAUUAGAAACUUGCUUAAUAAAAUAGCCAUGAACGACCAAAUUAUGUUACCAUAUUACACAGCCCAAAACAGUCCUGCAAUGGGCAUGUUUAAUACCUCCAUGGGGAAACUGCAGCAACAACUGUACAAAGGGGAGUAUGCUAUAUUCAGGUAUGCACCAAUGUUUGAGAGUGACUUUAUCCAGAUCAGUAAAAGAGGAGAAUUGAUUGAUGUGCACAACCAUGCCCGGAUGGUGACUAUGGGUGUUGUUCGCACCAGCCCUUGCCUCACACUACCUGAUGUCAUGCUGCUGGCCCGGCCAGCUGCUAUCUGUAAAGACUAUGCCCCUUGUGGCCUUGCCACUCAAGAAAGAGCUAAAAAGCCUACACAGACCUUAGAAUUAACCAGGCUGCUGCCCUUGAAGUUUGUAAAGAUAACCAUCCAUAACAGCCACAAACAACAGCUCCACCUGAGGCUUGCUACUGGCCGUGCUUUUUACCUGCAGCUGUGUCCUCCUUCAGAUACAAGAGAUCUUUUUGCUCACUGGGAAUAUCUUGUUUACAUCCUGAGACCACCAGUGGAGGCUUACAGCCGUACUCAAGUCAUUCCAACUGGGGAUAAAUCAGACAUACCUAUGUUUGAGGAAGAGGACAAGAGCCCAGAGCUAAGUCUUUAAAGAAACCAAAAGAUGGGCCAGGACACUUUGGGGAAAGCAACUAAAGGUCCUGUACAGCUCUUAGAAAUGAGAUUCAACUUGGGAAUGCACCACUUUUGAAAGAACUCAAGGCCAGAUGAUCCUUCAUUUGGAAGCGAGGGCACACUAGAGAGGCACAAGUCAUGAAGUUCUCUGGAGGGGAUAAAGAGCAAGUUAGCAUCAGGAAUCUUCACAUGAACCCUGAAAUAUUUGAUCUCACCUAUUUUGGUUAUUCUAGUGAGGAAUGACUCCAACAUGCAUCCAACAUAUACUACAUUCAAAAGUUCACACACUCCUGCAGUCAUAGAACCUGAUAAAGGGACAAGGGUAGCAUCAGGAGUAGUGUUGAGAAUAAGCACCAUAGGUGCUGUGAAUGUGGCUGAUACCAAGACUGCAGGCUCAGGGCAGAAAUGGCACUGGAAAGAGAAGAUUUCAGGUUCAGGAGGAAGCACAGCCUACAAGGCAAAGUGAGUGCUUUCCAGCAUGUCUAAAUAUUUUGACAGUUCAAGCUGCAAGUACAUUCUUGUCCUUAAAGGGUAACUCCAAGUUCAUCAGCAAGAGGUGCUGGCCUCUCCCCAGAGGGCAGCAUGAAAAUGGUGAUAGUAGGAGUAGAAAUUUCUGACAAGCCUGUUGAAACAUCAGGAAAAGCUCAGUAUCUCAUCUCACCCUUGCAGAGUGAAGGCUGCAUGAGUGAACAGGAUGGAAACCAGGCGGGAUUACUCUCUUUAGUAAAGAACCUUAAAGAUCUGCUCUAUACAGGAUACAGAGGUGGGCAUCAUCUAAGACUGUGGAAGAAAGCGGUAUCAUUCAUCAUAAUAUAAUCCAUCAACUCAAAUUCUCUGCUCUAAGGACAUUUCCUCUAUAACAAGAAGAGUAGCAAUAAAACUAAUGGCAAUUUAA